UCACAAUCCAUUUACAUAUAGAAAUUUCGAAAAACAAGUGACCAGAACAAUGACUAGCUACGAAAGAGGGGAAAAGCCAACCAAUGGAAAAUUCUUGAAAUUUCAUCAUAUAACAUUCUACGUCAGCAACGCUAAGCAAGCGUCCUCUUUUUACACUACGCGCAUGGGAUUCCAACCAGUUUUUUACAAAGGUCUUGAAACUGGUCACAGAGAUUAUGCUCAUCACGUUAUCCGACAAAAUGAGAUUUACAUUGUAUUCGUUUCUCCUUACAAUCCUGGAGAAUCCCAUUUAAACAACCAUCUAAUGAAACAUGGAGAUGGUGUGAAAGAUGUCGCGUUCGCUGUAGAAAACUUAGAAGGCAUAAUUAAGAGGGCUAAGCAGAAAGGUGCUACUAUCGUUAGAGACAUAUGGGAAGAAAGCGACUUCAAUGGGAUUGUUCGUUUUGCGACACUUCAAACUUACGGAGAUACUACUCAUACUCUGAUUGACCGAAGUUUAUACAGAGGUUCGUUUUUGCCCGGUUAUGCACCUAUUGGUGAAGACGCGCUAGGAAAACUCUUGCCAUCAACGAAUUUGGACUUUAUAGACCACAUAGUUGGAAACCAGGCGGAUAAUGAAAUGGAAUCAGUGGCUAAAUGGUACGAGGACAUACUUCAAUUCCACAGAUUUUGGUCGGUGGACGAUAAGCAGGUGCACACUGAAUAUUCCGCGCUGAGAUCCAUUGUGAUGGCGAAUUGGGAAGAAAAUAUCAAAAUGCCUAUAAAUGAGCCGGCUCCUGGCAAAAAGAAGAGCCAAAUCCAAGAGUUCGUUGAAUAUUAUGGAGGACCUGGUGUUCAACAUAUUGCCUUGAACACUCAGGAUAUCAUAAAAAGUGUUGUAAACUUGAAAGCCCGAGGAAUGGAAUUUAUGGAAAUACCGGACUCAUAUUACGAUAUUUUACGCCAACAGCUAAAAUCCAGUAAAGUUAAAAUAAACGAGGCGAUUGACGAACUGCAAAAACACAAAAUUCUUAUUGAUUACGACGAAAACGGUUAUCUCUUACAAAUAUUCACCAAAAACGUAGAAGACAGACCCACGCUAUUUCUGGAAAUUAUCCAGAGAAGAAACCAUAAUGGAUUUGGUGCUGGAAAUUUCAAAACCCUAUUUGAAUCAAUAGAAAUUGAGCAAGAAAAGCGAGGAAAUCUGUAAAAAUGAAACAUUAUUUUAGUAUUUUCAACGGGGGAAAUUUAGUCCAGUACCUACUGAAGUGAACUGAAUAUGCACUGACUCAGAAAAAUACGUAAUCUGAAAUUUCCAAUUGAAUAAGUUGAUUAUGACUAUAUUUAAUUGAAUUUACCCUAUUUAUUUAAUCAUUUUGUCAGAGUCGAUGCAUCUUCAGUGUUGCACUAAUUUUCCUUUUUCCAAACAUCGAAAUUGCUAUUUCUUUUUAUAAUCCUUUUAUUCCUUUUUAUAACGUUUAUAUCCUUCAUAAUGAAUUUAUCUCAUUAUCUAUUUAGCAAGUUAUGUUUUAAGAUAUAUGUACUUGUAGUAAUUUUAGUCUUAAUUGAUUAGAUUUUUAAGUAUAAGCUAAGACUGCAUUUAAAAUCUGAGACUUAUUAUGAUGUGUUAUUAUUAUGUUAAGAGUUAGUAUAAAUUAUAGCUCUAUUUAGGUUUAUAAGGUAAAAUUCUAUAAGUAUCUACCAUAAUUAAGUUUUAUCUACCACAUAUUAUCUUUAAGUUAGCAUUUAUGCAAAUAUUAACUGUUAUUAUUAGUCAAUUAUACAUUUAUAUACUGAAUAUAAU